CUUAAUUAUCAAGAAGAAGAUGUCAUGAACUGUUAGAUUUCCACUUUAUAAUGUCUCAAACAGCGAUUUUUGAGGCGAAGAAGUUUCUCCGAAGGGAGAUAAAGAAGCGCUUAUCUCAAAUGAGCAACGAAACCAAAGAAAAACAAUCCAAAAUAAUAUGUGAAAAGUUGCUUAGUAGUGAAGAAUAUAAAGCAAGCAAAAGGAUAUCGGUUUAUCUCAGUAUGCCAUCAGAAGUGAAUACUGACUUGAUUUUAAAGGAUAUUUUUAAUUCAAAAAGAAAGUGUUACAUUCCAAGAUAUAUUGGUCCUACRAUGGAUAUGUUGCUACUUGAUUCAUAUGACGAGAUAAAAUCAUUACCACUGACACCUUGGAAUAUUCAUCAGCCAGCAGAUGAUGAUAUAAGAGAAGAAGCAGUAUUAACUGGAGGACUGGAUUUGAUUGUUGUCCCAGGUCUUGGAUUCACAAAGGAUGGUGCUAGGCUUGGAAGAGGAAAGGGCUAUUAUGAUAACUAUAUCUUGAAGUGCAUAGAGCUUUGUCAUAGGAAGCCUCRUCUUGUAGGUCUGGGUUUCAGCAGUCAAAURUGUGACUCUAUUCCUGUCACGGAGAGAGAUAUGAAUCUAGACAAAGUGCUGUUUUAUGAACAAGAGCAGGAAGGCUAAAUUGUCGAAUGGAUGUGUAAAUUUAUAACAAUUUCUAGAUAUAUAAAGAAGUCUAAAAAUCA